CCUUCCCGGAGGAGCUGGAGGAUGGGGAAUUCCUGAGGAUGGGCCCCAGUGGGCCUGAGGAAGUGAUGGGAAUACCAGGGACCCAGCCUGUAUCUUGGUCACCUAAGCCUCACCAAAUAGCCUUUCCGAGGAAGAGAUCUUUAGGCUGCUGGACUAGGGCACCAGCCCAGGAGGAGAAGCCUCCCCUCCCAAGAUGGUCAUUGCAACAUGAGGUCCACGGGAGCCUCUGUGGCAGCUCCGGCCCCGCCUACUGUUCCUGGGUGCUCAUCCCCAGCACAGACCACUCAGGAGAGGGGAUUGGCUGAGGAGCUUGAAGAGGGGGCGUCGCCACUAUCGCGCCCAAGAGUUAAAUAGGGGCUGGGAAAAGGCGCUCCGGAGAGGCACUCUUUCCCGGGUUCCCCAGCCAGACCAUGACCCAGACCCUCAAGCUCGCUUCCAGAGUGUUCCAUCGCGUCCGCUGCCCUCCUGAGCUGGGCGCCUCACUGGGCUCCAGAGGCUCGGACUCAGCGACCCGGGGCUUGGCGGACAUCCCAGGCCCCUCCACACCGGGCUUCCUUGCUGAACUUUUCUGCAAGGGGGGACUGUCACGGCUACACGAGCUUCAGGUGCAGGGCGCCGCGCGCUUUGGGCCGGUGUGGUUGGCCAGCUUCGGGACGGUGCGCACUGUGUACGUGGCGACCCCUACACUCGUCGAGCAGCUGCUACGACAGGAGGGACCCCGGCCUGAACGCUGCAGCUUCUCACCCUGGGCGGAGCACCGUCGCCGCCGCCAGCGGGCUUGCGGACUGCUCACCGCGGAAGGCGAAGAAUGGCAGAGGCUCCGCAGCCUCCUGGCCCCGCUCCUCCUCCGGCCUCAGGCGGCCGCCAGCUAUGCCGGGACCCUGCACGACGUGGUCGGUGACCUUGUGAGGCGACUGCGGCGCCAGCGGGGACUGGGCGCUGGGCCGCCCGCCCUGGUUCGAGACGUGGCAGGAGAGUUUUACAAGUUUGGACUAGAAGGCAUCGCUGCGGUGCUGCUGGGUUCCCGCCUCGGCUGCCUGGAGGCCGAAGUGCCGCCAGACACAGAGACCUUCAUCCGCGCGGUGAGAUCGGUGUUUGUGUCCACACUGUUGACCAUGGCGAUGCCCGGUUGGCUGCACCGCCUCGUGCCCGGACCCUGGGACCGCCUCUGCCGAGACUGGGACCAGAUGUUUGCAUUUGCCCAGCAGCACGUGGAGCGGCGAGAGGCCGAAGUAGCCAUGAGGAGCCAGGGAAAGUCUGAGGGGGACACGGGAUUUGGGGCGCACCUGACCUACUUCCUGUUCCGGGAAGAGUUGCCUGCCCCGUCCAUCCUAGGGAAUGUGACGGAGCUGCUGCUAGCUGGAGUGGACACGGUGUCCAACACGCUCUCCUGGGCUCUGUAUGAACUUUCUCGGCACCCCGAAGUCCAGACGGCACUCCGUUCUGAGAUCACAGCUGCCUUGGGCCCCGGCUCCAGUGCCCACCCCUCAGCCACUGCUCUGUCGCAAAUGCCCCUGCUGAAGGCUGUGAUCAAGGAAGUGCUAAGACUGUACCCUGUGGUACCUGGAAAUUCCCGUGUCCCAGACAAAGACAUUUGUGUGGGUGAAUAUAUUAUCCCCAAAAAUACGCUGGUCACUCUGUGUCACUAUGCCACUUCAAGGGAUCCCACCCAGUUCCCAGAGCCAAAUUCUUUUCGUCCAGCUCGCUGGCUAGGGGAUGGUCCAGCCUCCCACCCAUUUGCCUCUCUCCCCUUUGGCUUUGGCAAGCGCAGCUGCAUGGGGAGACGCCUGGCAGAGCUUGAGCUGCAAAUGGCUUUGGCCCAGAUCUUGAUCCACUUUGAGGUGCAGCCUGAGCCAGGUGCUGCCCCCGUCAGACCCAUGACCCGGACUGUCCUGGUACCUGAGAGAAGCAUCAACCUACAGUUUGUGGACAGAUAGUCCCGUGGAAGCACACUGUCAUCAUCACCGUUUCUCUCAUCAUAGGCGUUUAUCAGGCACAAGACCAAGAUAUGUGUAUUCCCCUGUGGCCUAUCUGACCAAACUGGUUAAAAGACCAUAGCAAAGUGCUUGAAGCAGCCCUGAUCGAGGUGUGAAAUAUGCACUUGGCCUGACCCAGCAAGCCCUGAGAAAACCAUGGUCCAUUUGCCUGCUUAGCCCUUCUGGUCAAAUCAUAUGCAUCCUUCAAGGGCCAGCUCUGAUUUUAACUAAUAAUGCUGGGUGGCCUGAGGAAGAAUUCGACCACUGGCCUUUUGGGGCUUCACAGUAUUCACUCUUGCUGCUGGCUAAGCACUUAUCAUGGCAUGAGCUAAGUAAUUGUGCAUCUGGUCUGCACCUGGUUGAUCCUCUCUCCUUGCAUGUGAGCUCUUUGAGAGGAAGGAUGAGGUCUUAUUCUGUCUUUAUACACCCUGCCAGGGCCUAUCCCUGACUGGUUGACACCAUAUCGAUUCUCAGAUUGUAUUUGGGCAAUGUGGCAGAAGGGAUAAGCAGCUUACCAGGCUCUGUCUACCCUGCUCCUUUCUCAUCUUGCCCCUAGGAAGGUGAGUCUAUCCUCACCUGGUGUAUGAUUUUUAAAAAACUCUCCUUGGCUCUCUGGUCACUAUUAGGUUUGGCUUGUCCCACCACUUAGGUCACAGGCAGAGAUGUCUUUGGACCUGUCCCUGCCCAAGCCUUCCUUUUAUAUAUUGAAGUUUUUAAAUAUUCAGUUUUUAAAUUAAAAAAAAAAUUGAAUGUUCCAUCCUUGACUUUUGACUGACUUAUUUUCCACUCUCAUUUCCUAGAAGACCUGGAGGCCAGACCAUCAUACAAAUCCUCCACUUUGGUUUCUUAGGUCCUGGGAGUUACCCCAUAACAGUGGGAGGUCUAGACACCUGGGAGAAUGGUUUGCAUCACAAACCCAGACACAUUUCUUUUCUUUUCUUUUCUUAAUUAAUGAAGAUACUUUUAAUAAUUACGGCCAUCACAGAUUGAGGCAGUGAUUUAAAUUACAGAACUGUGGUCUAGGUAAUUUAGCAAUUUUAAUUUUUUAUUAUCUUAACUUAAAGACUAACCACAGAACUUACUAUUCACUUGUCAUUCUACAUUUAAUUAUCUCCAAAAUAUAGAGAAGAUCAUUGAGGACAAGAUUUAUAAAAAUUUGGGGGACUAUCACAG